AUGGCUAAUCCUUUACAGACAGGUGGGAUGGUUGUCGGCAUCAUCGGAAAUAUUAUAUCCUUAUGCCUAUUCUUUUCUCCAUUGCCAACGUUUAUCAAAAUAUGCAAGAAGAAAUCGGUUGAGGAGUACAAACCAUAUCCAUAUCUAGCAACCUUGCUCAAUUGUAUGUUAUGGGUGUUCUAUGGGACUCCUUUGGUGAGCCCUAAUAGCUUGCUUGUGCUCUCCAUUAAUAUAAUUGGAGUCGGAUUCGAAGCCACUUAUCUCAUCAUCUACUUCAUGUAUGGCAAUAAUAAACAGAGGCUGAAGGCACUUCUAAUUUUAAUGGUUGAAUUGAUGUUCGUGACUGUGGUGGUUGCCCUUGUGCUAACCCUUAUUCACACCUACUCAAAGCGGACAUUGAUUGUCGGGAUCUUGUGCGUCAUCUUUGGCACUUGCAUGUAUGCUUCCCCACUCUUGGUCAUGAAAAUGGUUGUAGCUACAAAGAGUGUAGAAUUCAUGCCGUUGACUCUCUCUCUCGCUUCCUUCUUCAAUGGAAUAUGUUGGACGAUUUAUGCCCUCCUCGAUUUCGACCUCUUUGUCUUGAUACCGAAUGGAUUGGGUACGAUUUUUGCUGUGGCUCAGUUAAUACUAUACGCAUGCUACUAUAAGUCGACUCCCAAAGGCGAUGAAGAUAUAUCCAGACAAGUACAGUUGACUGCCAUCACCACUUCUACUGAUUAGAACAUCCGUCCGUCUUCUCACCUUCAACCAUGAUAGUUCUUAAGGCUUUUUAUUUUUUGGGUUUAACCAAUUUUCCUUUGUACUGAGCAAUCUUGUUAGGUUGACAGGCCAUUAAUGGCUUGGUUUUGCACAGUCCAAUUGUUUAAAUAAGCUGAUCAUUUAAAUAUUUAAAAUAACUAAAAUAAAGUAGAAUAUAUAUGAAACAAAACUCAUGUAAAAUCAAUGUGAAAUUUUUAGGAAAAU